GGGAGCUUGACAAAUCAAGAUGGCGUCCUACGCAGAAGCAGGAAAGAGAUUUCAAUAUAAAUAAAACUCAUUGGGAGAACUGUCUAAAUCUGAGUGCCACAUCGACAAGACGUCGUUCGGAUUUUGAAAGAACAAGACGGAGCAGAUACGGGUCUGUUUUCAGAGUCUCUAAAUGGCUGCGAGGAAGUCUGGAUCAGAUGUAUACAACAAUGGACCCAUCAGCUACCUUGAUGACGUUCCCUUCAAAAUCAAUGAAAAAUUCCGCUGCCCAGCCAAAGUGGGACUUCCUGUCGGAUUCUGCCUGCCUGACUGUCGCUCUUUUCUGGCGGACACAGAGUAUGACUUUUCUCUGGAGAGGCGUAGUGUGCGGUGGGGGGUUGAACUGGCAGAGGCCAGAGCAGCAGAAGCCAGAGCAGAAGAAGCAGCAGCCAAGAAGGAAGCAGAGAGCAGAGAGUGUUUUGCUCAAGCUCAGGACAUUGAUGGUGGUGGAGGGAAUAAACCCCGGUCUGCUGCAGACGACCAGGACCUUCCACCACCAGCAUUGAACCCCGUCCUGGCAGGGCUGAGCCAUAACGCUAUCCUCACUCCACUGCCUGCCCCAAGCCUUGGACCCAGGAAAACCCAGCCUAGCACUCCUCAGCCACACAGCCUCAACCUAGCUGACUUUGAGAGGGAAGAGGAUCCCUUUGACAAGUUGGAGCUCAAAACUUUGGACGAUAAGGAGGAGCUCAGGAACAUCCUCCAGAGCCAGCCCCAACCUCAACCUCCUCCCUCCGUAUCCCCACCAGAGGUCUCCCAGAUGGGGUCAGCGUCACGUGGAAACAGUCCUUCUCCUCCGAGCACCAAUACCAGCCUCCCGGCCAAACCAGGCUUUACUCACAAACCCAACGGGUUGGUUGCCUUGCUGGACAUGGACAGGAUUGGGCAUCCUGGGAGAGUGGGCUUUGACACAGAUGACCGACCCUGUAACAUCCGCUCUCUGACUUUUCCCAAGCUCUCUGAUUCUGGUGACCCAGAGCCAGUGAGGUACAGCCCACAUCGUGCACCCACCCCUGCUUCCAGACAGAGCCUCACUAAUGGAAGCCCGCCGACCAUACCCAAGACCCAAGUUAUUGUCGCCCCUGAGCCACCUAGCCACACCAAGAGUGGCACACCAAAACUGGCCAACCCAGGGUCAGGAUCUGCUGGUCUACCAUGUGGCGGAGCCCUACUCAGCAUGACCCCCAGCGAGCGUCAGUGUGUGGAAACCCUUGUAGGCAUGGGUUACUCUUAUGAGGGUGUCCUACGGGCCAUGCAGAGACAAGGGCAGAACGUGGAGCAGGUACUGGAUUAUCUUAUUUUAUCUGGACGUCUGUGUGAGCGGGGCUUUGAUGCAAGUGCAGUGGAGGAAUGUUUAGAGAUGUACCAGUGCUCAGAGGAAAAGGCCUUGCAGUUUCUCGAACUAAUGUCAAGAUUUGGUGAAAUGGGAUUUGAGCGGGAUGCCAUCAAAGAGGUGCUGCUGGUCCACAACAAUGAUCAGGACAAGGCUCUAGAGGACCUGAUGGCUCGAGCCGCAGCUAGCUGAGCCAAGCUAACCAGCCAACCAAAGCCCAGCCCAGGGCUUGCCUCCAGCUACCACCCCACACAGCCCCUCUCCUUCUGCCUACCCUGUCACACCAUGCCCUGUCCUUGCCUUGACUGUGGAAGGGACAGCUUGGAAACAGUUGUAUUUCUCUCUGUGCUAAAACGUAAUGUGUCUCAGCACUUCUUAAAGACUGUGUGCCUAGAGUGGAGGGGGUCAAAAUGUAACAAUUCUUCAUGGCAGUGUUUUUUUUUUCCCAAUAAAUCCUGGGUUUGGGUUCCAGGAUUUGGUACUGCUAGGUUAUUUAAGAAUGUGAAGAAUGACUGAGCUGAGGAGAAACAAAGUAUUGGGCUGUGGCGAUUUGAUGCCAUUCUGGCUCACUUCCACUUGGAAGUGUUAAUCUGACUGCAGGCAAAGCUGCAGGACCGAAUGGGGAGCUGGUGACAGUGAAUGCAUCACAGAAAGACCAGUUUGAACUCUUGAAACCCCCAAACAAUUAAGCUGCCAUCUUCCACUGCUCAGUGCAGACCCAGUAAAUGGUGGAGGGUAUAGGGGGCCUUGAGGAGGCUCUCUUCAAACUGAACCAACUAACAUUAAAAUUAAAAAAAAAAAAAAACAAAAACAAA